GUUACUGGAAUUCCGUCAUUAUAACUAGUAACUAAAAUACAUUGGUACAGAGAGUAAAAUUUAUACUCACCAUAUUAUGUCUAUGAAGUUUAUCUAUUGACGGUUGAAUGGAAGUUUGAAAUUAAAAGAAUCUUGUCCCAAACAUAAACGAUGAAGAAAGGAAAAAAUCACACUCAAAAGUUUUGUUGUUAACUUCAACUUAAGCCCAUCUCAUCAUCUCUUCUUCUCCACCAACAAAGUUAUUUUUCCAUAGAGAAAAAAAGUUGCAGAGAUGAACAUCGAAGAAGAAGAUUUCACAACCAUGCCCUUAAAUCAUAACCGUCUAAUCGAAAGCCGAUACAUGCAUCAUCAUCAUAAUCACAUACCGUCCAACGAUCAUGCCGUCAUCUUUCCAUCACCAUCAACAAUUUCGAUUCGAAGAUCCACAACAACACCAACAACAGCAGCAGCUUCAACAGUAUCACCAUCAAAAUCGAACCCUAAAUUUCUUGCUUUUUUUAUCCAAGCAGUAGUAAUGGCGAUUGUAAUUUUGUUAUUCUUCCUCUUCGUUGGAAUCGCUGCAAUUGUUCUCAUCCAUAUCGCGAUAAUUGGUAGAGCAAUUCAUCGUCGUAGAUAUCGAAGAUCAUUAUCAAGAACUGCGCGAUCAGAUGAUUUGAUGGAAGAUGAUUUAGAUUUUGGUGGUGUUGGGUUUGGGUUAUCUCAUAGAGAUCUUAAUAAAUUACAAGCUUUUUAUUACGGUUCCGGUGGUGAAAAAUCGGAUUCUUCAUCCAGUUCGUCGGAAGAUUGUGCUGUUUGUUUAGAGGCAUUGAAACAAGGUGAACGGAGUCGGAUUCUACCACAAUGUAAACAUGUUUUUCAUGCUAAUUGUAUUGAUUCAUGGUUGAUUAGAGUUCCCGCAUGCCCGGUUUGCCGUGGAACUGUUGACCCGAAUUCAGAUACAGAUGGAUUCGAGGAUAGUAACAAUGAAUUUAUGUAAGUUUUUUGUUGUUUAUUUUGGAUUUUGUGACCUAAAUAUCAGUUCUUGAUGUUCAAAUUUCAGUUUGAUAUGGUUUAGUAUAUAAAUAAGUGAUAUAUCCAUCGAUGUUAACU